AUGUUGAGUUCGGUGUAUGAUGAGGCUACUGGGACAUGGUACGGCCCGGUAGUGAAGUCUCUGUUCAGCCCCGAGGCAAGCUUGGGACAAAUCAUGUUCGAAGCACUCAAUCGCUCGCCGGAUCGUGUGAUACAGCAGGACAUGGAUACUGGGCGAUCCUUAACGUACGCCGAGUUUCAAACCAGAUGGAUCCGUUUCGCACAGAACCUUCAUUCGAUCGGUGUGCGCAAGGGAGACAUGGUAACGCUGGCCAAUGCAAAUAGCGAAAACCUAGCUCCGUUGGCUUGUGCGUUGUUGGCGAUUGGAGUGCCGUUCAAUCCACUGGCACCUAGCUUCAACGAGGACGAUAUGGCAAACAUGCUGCAAACGACGAACCCGAAGCUUGUGUUUUGUGACGCGGACAACUAUGAGGUAGUUCGAAGGGCUUUACUGCGAGUGGUAGCCAACGCGGAGCAGCUGCCACCAAUCUACGUGUUCGAAUGUGCCCGCAGUGAUGUGAAACAUGCCGAAGAUUUGCUCAAGGAGACAGGGCAGGAGAAAGCUUUUGUGGCUCCAUACCUUGGGGAUUCUAGCAAAACGAUAGCCGUUAUCCUAUGCUCCUCGGGAACGUCCGGUGUGCAUAAAGCUGUUGAACUGACUCAUAGUAAAUUCAUUCGCCAGACAACUUUCCACCGUUUUUCGCCAACACCGGUAGUUCACUUCAGCUUCAGCGCCAUCUACUGGCUGACCGGGUUCAAUGCCAUGGUGAACGUUUUCUUCAACGGAGGGUACCGAGUCAUCACGCGCAAACCAUUCAACGUGCAGCAAUUCUAUGAUGCGAUUGAAAAGUGUCGUGCCAAUACGGUUUUCACACCUCCGGCCCAUGCCAGCGCAGUUUUAGCACAUCCACGCUUGAAAACGGUUGAUUUCAGCUCGAUUCGCAGCUGGGUCGUCGGAGGUAGCUCCGUUCCGGAGCAGUUGCGUGAUCGAAUUGACGAGCUGCUCGCGCCGACUGGCGGCCGUUCGCUGAACGUAUUCGGAUCCUCCGAGGUGGGUGGCGUUGCGUUGGAUUGGAUGAAGCGAAAACCGGGCACCGUCGGUCCAUUGAUGCCCAACGUCAAGGUACGCAUUGUGGGCGAGGACGGCCAUCGGCUGGGCGUCGGAGAACAAGGCGAGCUACUAAUAAAAGGGGUGGAAGAUUUCGGCGGCUACUAUGGCAAUGAGGAGGCAUCGGAAAAUGCGACCGAUUCGGAUGGAUUCUUCCGGUCCGGUGAUGUCGGGUGCAUCGACGAGGAAGGUUUCCUGCGCCUAAUUGACCGAAAGAAGGACAUCUUUAAGUAUCGCAACUACCACGUGUCACCAUCGGAUCUGGAAGCGAUCAUUCUGCGCAUUGACGGUGUGCAGAACGUUUGCGUGGUGGGAGUCCCGGAUGCUGACGGUGCGACAGACCUGCCGGCGGCCGCCAUUGUCCGGCGAACGGGCGCCGAGCUGGAUGCCACACAGGUGCGCACCAUCGUUGAUGGACAGGUGUCCGAUUUUAAGCGAUUGCGCGGUGGUGUUUACUUUAUCGAGGAACUCCCGAAAACCGAGAGCGGUAAGGUGCUGCGUCGGAAGGUCACCGAAAUGAUAGAGGACAUGAAUCAGCCUCGCCAGCGCGAUACGGCUAAUGGGGUGUAA